AUGGACAUUGAGGAAGGGGGAGAAGGAGUGCAGGCACCUCGAAAGGAAGGGUACGAGGCGAUUCUGAACGAAGUCAGCUCGGUUCUGCCAAAUGACUUUUUCAACUUUGAUAUGAAUGGCUAUGAGUAUUUGAGAAGCAAAGUGAUAGAUCCCAUUCAAACGGGCAUACCCAUUCUCCCACAGAUUGAGGCAUAUGAGGCUAUCGAGUUUAUCGGUAGAUACAAGUCGGGGAAGAGUAUUAUGAGUUAUUUCGUCAUUGCAUCGGUCGUAUGCUCUACGGAAGUGGGAGGGUUGCAGUCGGAUGUUGCUUUUUUUGAUACAGAUCGAAAACUCAACGUGAAUGUGCUUGCGUUGAUCAUCAGUCAACGUCUCUCGAGUAUCCAGGACCCAAGAAAGAGAUCUCAGCUCUACAACGAAGCUCUCAACCGUGUCAAAGUAUAUCGUCCCAAAGACAUGACUCAUCUCGCUCUUUUCCUUUGUUCCAUUCGAAAUAACCAUUCAUAUUCCCCUCGUCUCCUCGUUCUCGAUUCCCUCAGCGCCUAUCUCUACGAUUUGGGCAACAAUGAACCGCUUCAAUCGACGUUUCGCUCCAUUCUUCAUCAUUUUCGUUGUCUUUUACGCGAGAAGAAGUGUUCUCUCAUUCUGAUAUCCCCAAGUACACAAUGA